UGGUUGGUCGAUUUCUAGUCUCCUUGAAUCUGAUUGGCUGAGUUCGUCUCUUGCUCACUCAUUACAAAGAGUGUUGUGUCCAGGUUCUGGGGCUCUUUCUUCCAUGACUGCCAUUUUCACAGGCCAUAUUGAAUUGUGACCGGACUGGCGACUGCUCUGACAUUGGCCAAGAACAUACGUCUUCAUCGUUGAUAGCUUUUGCUUAAUUUUAAAUUAUGGCUGCAAAGAGGAUUACGAACAUUAACAUCGAUUGGACUGCUCUAGCCGAUCGUGUUCCUGAGGCGCAAAGACCUCUUUUGGCUGCAUUUAAGGCUAAGUCCGAUGGUUAUCUUCGAAGGAUGAUUGCGAAUCCUCAACAACCCCCUAAAAUUGAUUGGAGUUAUUACACUAGUCGAGUUCCAGUAAAAGGUAUGGUAGCUGAUUUCCAGAAACAGUACGAUGCGUUGGCUAUACCUUACCCUAAAGACACCUACACUUCAUUAAUUGAUGCUCAGGAAAAGGAAGCUUUGAAGGAAAUUGCGGAAUUUGUUAAAGCAUCAAAUGCUCGUAUUGCUUCUUAUGAAGAGGAAGUGAAACGGCUAAAAUCACUUGUGCCAUUUGAAAAUAUGACCAUGGAAGAAUUUUUCCAAGCUUAUCCCGAAAAGGGAUUCGAUCCCAAGAAACCCACAUUCUGGCCACACAUCCCUGAAGAACAGCCUGGUUACAAGGGAGGUCCUGAAGCUCCUGCCCAUUAAGAAAUUAAUGACAUUUAGUAAUGGAAUUGUUUCUUGUCUAUGUUGGUAUAAGUGCUAGGGUUCUCCUGUACAGAUAUUUUAGUUUCAAUAAAAUUUAUUCUAAAACCUGGCUCUGAGAGUAGAAUUUUAAAAUAAUUUUUGAUGUUUUUCUCCAUUUCUUGUAGAGACAUGUUGUGAUGGUCAUUUUCCCAAUUAAAGCAAGAUGUUCUGAGGUAUUUUACAGGAGUGUAUAAAACUGAUUCAUUCAGUUUUCAUUAGUGGUUUUAAAAUUUAUUUGUGAGAAAUGUGAGCUUUUAACAGCGAUUGUGAAGCAUAACUGAUUUUUAAAUAUAUUUUAGAAAUGAAGUCAGGUUUUCAAGUUGUACAAAAAACAAACAACAAAUGCAGAUUUAAAUGAAAGUUGAAAUUAUUUCCUAAUAGUGUCAACUUCAAUUUUCUAUAUUAAAAUUCUGCACUUAUUUCCACCAUCAAAGAAUUUGAGACAUUGGAUGGAGUGCAAGAUACUGAUAAAAUUUCAGUCCGUUGUUGAUUCUUUUAGUUUUUUAAAAAUAUUGUUCAUGUGAUAAGCAUAUACUUAAAAAAACAUCCUGAUAUUUCGUUAAUUGAUUAUGGCAAGGGAGGUGGUUUUGCUGUCAUUAAAGUUUUUGAUUAUGAGCUCAAUGGUAAGUCCCUGUACAUGGAUGCAGACAAAUAUAACCCAUCGAACCACUGCAAACUCCCAAAAUAUUCAUAAAUAUUACAGGAUAUUAUUUAGAGGUGGAAAAUUGAAGUAUAUAAAUGUCAAAGCAUUUUAUAAGAUUUAACCCACUUCUACAUAUGUAUCAGCAACCAUACAUCAAGAACAUAUGGUUUUCUUAAACCUCACAAAAUAGAUUGUUCUAUUAGGUCUCUUUUGUCUGUUGUCAUGCCUCACAAUCAUUUAUGCAUUUUUCUGAAUUCUAUUCUUAAAUCGGUUCUCAUUAUUAAUAAACAAUAUGUUUUUAAAUUUUUUGACCAUUAGUGUACUCUGUUCCUCCUAAUCAUGAAAUAUAUCUGGAUGAUAUUGUUGGUGAUGGUGGGGCAAAUCUGG